AUGUGUGGUAUUUUCGCCGCUUUCAAGCACGAAGAUGUGCAUAGGUAUAAGCCAAAGGCUCUACAAUUAUCAAAAAGAAUCAGACACCGUGGUCCAGAUUGGUCCGGUAAUGCCAUCAAAAACUCCACUAUAUUCGUUCAUGAAAGACUAGCCAUUGUUGGUGUGGAAUCCGGCGCUCAACCGAUCACUUCCUCAGACGGAGACUACAUGUUAUGUGUUAACGGUGAAAUAUACAAUCACAUUCAGUUAAGAGAAGAAUGCGCAGAUUAUCAGUUCGAAACACUAAGUGACUGUGAGCCUAUCAUUCCAGUGUACCUAAAGCACGAUAUCGAUGCUCCUAAGUACUUGGAUGGUAUGUUUGCUUGGACUCUCUACGAUGCUAAACAAGACCGUAUUGUGGCAGCCAGAGACCCAAUUGGUAUUACGACACUAUAUAUGGGACGCUCAUCUGCUUCUCCAAAGACCGUUUAUUUUGCAUCUGAACUGAAAUGUUUAACUGACGACUGUGACACUAUCACUGCAUUCCCACCGGGUCACGUUUAUGAUUCUAAGACCGACAAGAUCACUCGUUACUUCACACCAGAUUGGCUGGACGAAAAACGUAUUCCUUCCACUCCAAUAGAUUACAUGGCCAUCAGACACUCUUUAGAAAAAGCCGUUAGAAAGAGAUUAAUGGCCGAAGUUCCAUACGGUGUUUUAUUGUCAGGUGGGUUGGAUUCCUCAUUAAUCGCUUCCAUUGCCGCCCGUGAAACCGUAAAGGCUACUAACGAUGUUGAACCAUCAACUUACGACAGCAAAGCAAGACAUCUAGCAGGUGUCGACGAUGACGGUAAGCUACACACCGCUGGUUGGACAAGUCUUCAUUCCUUUGCCAUCGGUUUACCAAAUGCUCCAGAUUUGCAAGCCGCAAGAAAGGUCGCCAAAUUCAUUGGUUCUAUCCAUCAUGAGCAUACCUUUACAUUGCAAGAAGGUUUAGACGCUUUGGACGAUGUUAUCUACCAUUUGGAAACGUAUGACGUUACUACCAUCAGAGCUUCCACACCAAUGUUCUUGUUAUCCCGGAAGAUUAAAGCCCAAGGUGUCAAGAUGGUUCUUUCCGGAGAAGGUUCAGAUGAAAUCUUCGGUGGUUAUCUAUAUUUCGCACAAGCUCCUUCUGCAGCAGAAUUCCAUACCGAAUCCGUGCAACGUGUCAAGAACUUACACUUGGCCGAUUGUUUGAGAGCUAACAAAUCUACCAUGGCUUGGGGUCUAGAGGCUCGUGUUCCAUUCUUAGACAGGGAAUUCUUGCAAUUGUGUAUGAACAUCGAUCCAAAUGAAAAGAUGAUCAAACCAAAGGAAGGCCGUAUCGAAAAAUACAUUCUAAGGAAGGCAUUCGACACCACAGGAGAACCAGAUGCUAAGCCAUAUUUACCAGAAGAGAUCUUAUGGAGACAAAAGGAGCAGUUUUCCGACGGUGUUGGUUACUCGUGGAUUGAUGGACUAAAAGAUACUGCCGAAGCAGUUAUUUCUGAUGAAAUGUUUGCCAGUCCAAAGGCCGAAUGGGGUAGUGAUAUCCCAACCACAAAAGAAGCUUUCUGGUACAGACUGAAAUUCGAUGCUUUGUUCCCUCAAAAGACUGUUGCUGACACCGUUAUGAGAUGGAUUCCAAAGGCUGACUGGGGUUGUGCCGAAGAUCCUUCCGGUAGAUAUGCCCAAAUUCAUGAUAAACACAUCGAGUAA